AUGAAGCUCAACCCUGAAAAAUGUUCAUUUGGGUUUGAGGAAUGCAAGUUCUUGGGUCAUAUUGUUGGGAAACAAAGCAUCAAGGCUAACCCAAACAAGGUGAAAGUUGUCCUCGAAACCAAACCACCCAAGACCAAGAAGGAAGUUGAAAGCCUGAAUGGGAAGCUUGCAGCCUUGAAGCGUUUUACCUCAAAGUUAGCAAAAAGGUCUCUCCCCUUUUUCAAAACGCUCAAAGGUUGCACUGAUAAGAAGGACUUCAAAUUGACUGAAGAGGCCGAUGAAGCCUUUAACCAAAUGAAGCAACACCUAGCUUCCCUACCUGACAUGGCAGCCCCAGAAACGGGCGAAUUGAUCUCAGUCUACCUCUCAGUUGCCGAAGAAGCAAUAAGCGCGGUCCUCACCAUUGAACGAGAAAAAAUCCAGGCCCAAGUCUUGGCUGAUUUCAUUAUAGAAGUCCCUAAGCAAACCGUCACUGCAGUGAACACUACAACCACUGAACCCUCUGUCCUUGAAGCCUGUAAGCUUUUCACCGAUGGGGCUUCAAGCGUUGAAGGGUCAGGGGCUGGACUCAUUUUGAUCAACCCAGAAGGGUUGGAAUUCACGUAUGUUCUCCGUUUUGACUUUCAGACCAACAAUAACGAGGCUGAAUACGAGGCAUUGAUUGCCGGUUUAAGGUUGGCCAAAGAAAUGAAGGUCCAAAAACUUGAAGUGUUCACAGAUUCAUUACUGGUCUCAAGCCAAGUAAACAAUAGCUAUGUUGCCAAGGAGCCCAACAUGAAAAGAUACAAAGAAAAAUGCAAGGAGCUAAUGAAAACCUUCCAAACAUGCCACAUCAAGCAAAUUCCCAGGUCCCGAAACAAAAAGGCUGAUGCCUUAAGUAAGUUGGCAUCUCUCAUUUUUGCCCACCUCACCAAAAAGGUACUAGUAGAAGUAUUGAAGGCUCCAUCAAUUGACGAAUUGGAAGUUCAAGACGUAGUCACCGAGGAAGAUCCAAAUUGGAUGACUCCCAUCAAAAAGUUCUUAAAAAAUGAACUACCCAAUGAUCAAGUAGAAGCUGAAAGGGUUAAAAUCAAGGCAAGGCAGUACGUACUGCAAGGAGAAACCCUUUACAAAAAGGGUUCCCUUGCCCCCUUGCUAAGAUGUGUUGGUCCUGAGCAAAGUCAAUAUUUGAUCAAAGAGAUUCACGAAGAUUAUUUCACCAAGUGGCCCGAGGUUAAACCACUUGCAAAGAUCACGGGCAAACAGGUCAUCGACUUUGUUUGGGAGAACAUUAUUUGCCGUUAUGGAUUGCCGGGAGUACUCGUCACUGAUAAUGGGAAGCAACUUGCUAAGAAGCCUUUCAGCAUUUGGUGUAAAGAGUACAGGAUCAAUCAGGUCUUCAGCUCAGUGGCUUACCCGCAAUCAAAUGGUCAGGUUGAAAGAACAAAUCGAAGCAUAGUGGAAGAGUGGUCUCAUAGACAGGUUUGA